CGGCGCCCCACGCUGGCAUGAGCCCCCCCGUCGGGAGCAGCGCGCCCCGGGCACCGCCGCUUUCCCUGGCCCAGCUCGGUGUCGGGAGGAGAGCGCUGUCGCCGCGGAGCCGCCGCUCGCAGCAGCGCCGGACGGACGGAGAUAUCCUAUAUGAUAAAGAGUGUAUACCCAGACUGCAGAGAGCCAAACGACCCAUCAAGCAUCACUCCUGAGCCAGGGCAGCUGCGUUAGGGUCAGAGCUGGCCCAGCACCUCUUUUCAGAAAUGAUGUGAGAGGCAGUUCUAUUUAUUGAAGUUUUUGCAGGUUCAGCACACUGGAAGCAUGGCUACAAGUGCCGUUCCCAGCGAAAACCUCCCCACGUACAAGCUGGUCGUUGUUGGAGAUGGUGGUGUGGGGAAGAGUGCUCUCACUAUUCAGUUUUUCCAGAAGAUUUUUGUGCCAGACUAUGACCCAACUAUUGAAGACUCCUACCUGAAGCACACAGAAAUAGAUGGGCAAUGGGCAAUUCUUGAUGUUCUGGAUACUGCAGGCCAAGAGGAGUUCAGUGCAAUGAGGGAGCAGUACAUGAGGACUGGAGAUGGUUUCCUUAUUGUCUACUCGGUGACAGACAAGGCCAGCUUCGAGCACGUGGACCGGUUCCACCAGCUGAUCCUCCGAGUCAAGGACAGGGAGUCUUUUCCAAUGAUUUUGGUGGCAAACAAAGUUGAUCUAAUGCACUUACGGAAAAUUACAAGAGAACAGGGGAGAGAAAUGGCAACAAAACAUAACAUUCCCUAUAUAGAAACGAGUGCCAAGGACCCACCUCUAAACGUGGACAAGGCCUUCCAUGAUCUUGUGAGGGUAAUAAGGCAACAGAUCCCAGAGAAAAGCCAGAAGAAGAAGAAAAAGACCAAAUGGCGAGGGGACAGAGCCACGGGCUCCCAUAAACUCCAGUGUGUGAUUUUGUGACGGGACACCCUGGGAGUGCCUUGGCUGCCUCCCUCCUCCCCUCUUGACCCACCACCGGCCCAGGCAAGGAGCCACAGCUGGAUGCUGAUGCCCACAUGGCCCCGUGGCCCCUCGGGCUCCCCACGGCAGCUCAGGCUUGGAGGAGGCGGCUCAGAGGGUCCGGACCCCCCCGGAGAGGGGCUGCACAUCAGGGCCAGCGUGGGAGCCGUGCCAGUGGGAGGCGGAAGGGAUCGGCAGGACCUCAACUCUCAAACAUCCCCAGCACCUUCCAGGGGCCUCCAUGAUGUUUAUUAAAAAAAACCAAACAAGGCAGAAGUUAAAAAAAAAGUGUUGGUUUUAUCUGCAAACAUUUCUCUUUGUGACCCAUUUCUGAACAGCCUUGAAUAGCCCCCCUGUUUGGUACAGUUGUCUGUGUAUGUGUGGGGGAAGGGAAAGGGUUUUUCUUUUGCUUAAUUUUUUUUGUCCUCUUCUUCCUUUUUGUUGUUUGCUCAGCAAGUGUUGGGUUGCAAAGAAACAACGGCCAGGCUUAGAUUUUUUGCACUGAACUCUCUCUUGGGCGGCAGUGCCAAAACACAACUUCAUAUGAAAGUGCAUAGAUUUGGAGGAAGAAAAUUAGUUCCAGCUGCUCUGGGUGCUCCAGACAUUGUGUCAGACUCUGGAGGGUCGCCAGCUCACAGACCAUAAACUCCAGCUUAGGAAAGGAGGUUUGGGCUUGGAUUAUUUUUUUUUUUUCCUUACCCUUUGUCAAGAAGUUUUGUUUCUGUUUUGUAACUUCGGACGUGUCAAACUUUAAGACAUUUUGUUAACCUGGAAGUAUUUAAAUUAAAGUAAUUUACAGAUGGAA